GAUCUAUAACAGAGAUUCUCUGGUAAUGCAUACAAGGUUGAGUUCAAGUUACAUUGUUGGUAACCAAGUUUUAACUAAAUGAUCGAUAGAGUAGGUGGCCAAUAUCAAUUCAAUGCAUAUUCCACCACAGAUAAGAUACACAAGAGACGUUUCACACACAUGUGACUGGUUCAUUCGUUCGUACUUGCUAAAUAACGAUGGCUAGUAUAAUCUAGCAUUACAAUCGCGCAACUACAGAUCAUAAGCUAAAAAGAAGGAGAAAGGAUUACAUUUAAUUCCAUUGGCAUUACGUAUUUUCCUAAAAUGGAGUGAAUUAGUGUACAUAUUCGUAAUUACUUUCUGUUCGAAUAAUUCACCAUUAAGUUUCGAAUAACUCAAGCUCAUACAAUUUGUAUUUCUAUCUUUGGUUGAUGUCCCAGAUGAGAUCUGUCAAAGUGUUUGUAAAUAAUCCUCUAUAAUUGCUACUUAGAGAUUUUGCAAAAAAUCGAAUAAUGGCCACGGAUCCAGAAAAAAUUGACGUUUCCGACUUAUCUGACGUUGUUUUAAACGAAAGCAGUAGUACUGAUACACAAGGUCUGAAACCGAAAAAACGACCGAAGCGCAUAUUGCAUUUUUCGGAUGGUGAUUUGGAAGAAUAUUCCGAAGACGAAACAGAUGCUCCAGAAGAGAAUAUAACAACCAGUCAUAUAGACCCAAAGACACUUAAUUGGAUGCCCUGGGCUUGGUAUCAAACAUCAUGGUUCGGUACUAAACUGUUGGAUGGUUGUGAUUAUGCAGGCGAAUGGUUGGCUAACUUCUUUGGCAUUACAUCUCCAAAAUAUCAAUUCGAAAUUAACGAGUUCUAUAGACUUCAGGCUCUUGAAAAUGAAAUGACACACAAACAGGAUUUAGAAAUGGGUGGAUGGAACGAACAAAACAAAAAUAAUCUUAUACAUGAUAAUAGCAAACAGUGAAAUAAUAAUUUAUAUUUUGCAAUAUUUAUUCAUAGAAUUGUUCACUUCGUAUUAAUUAACAUCAUUUUGUUUUAACGUUACGUGUAUUUAA